AUGCUGCGCCGACGGCACGUCUUCACGGUGGAGCAGCUCGGCAGCCGGGAUGGGGCCAGCAAGGAUCUGGCUCCAGGCUGUGUAGUCCCUGGAGUCACCAGCACCUAUAGACGGAUUCCGGAUGCAGCUUAUGGGUGCUCACUGGACUUCCGGAAGAGAGAGGGCGAGCUGAGAAGGCUUGGGAGGCAGAUGCCACUUUUCAAACUAGCUUCCCAGGACUCAGGGAUGGAGAUGGUGGUUGGGGACAGCCCCCUGGCCAUCUUACCAGGACUUUCUCAGGACUCUCUGAACCUUGAGCCCAGGGGGAGCCCUGAGCUCAGUGCCCAGCGAGGCCGGCUACUGGCCAGUCGUAAGCUGGAGCAGGUGCUGGAGCGGUCCCGAAGGCUCCCCAGGCUGCCUGGACAGCGCCACUCCCUGCAGCUGCCGAUUAAGACUGAGUGUGGAGUGUCCUUUUGUGCAGCAGGAGGACAAGGGUCCACUGAGGCAGAAACCAAGCUAGAGGCAGGCCUGGAAGUAACCGAGGUGGUGAGUGGAAUGGCGCCUGAAGCCUGGGCCUGCCUCCCAGGGCAGGGUCUUCGAUACCUGGAACACCUGUGUCUGGUGUUGGAGCAGAUGGCGAGGCUCCAGCAGUUCUACUUGCAGCUGCAGACAGAGAGGUCCCAUGGGGGUCCUGAAGUGGAGAGGUCGGAUGUGGCUCCUUCACCUUCACCUUUGCAAGCCUCAGGCAAUGGGGUACAGGAAGCAGGGGAGCUGCUAAGCCAGACAAAGGAGACAGGGGAAGAGGCAGUUUCAGCCUCAAACGUUGGGAAGCUCGGUGCCAAUCCUCCCAGGCUGCCAGAGGUCCCAAUGGAACCAACCCACAGCUUUUCACCCUCCCAGGGAUACAAGGAUCUUUCCCACUGGGACAAGGUCAAGGUCUUGCUCAAUCGGAUCCGUUGGAGGAGUUCUCGACAUUCUGAGCACCCUGCUCCUCCUGAUCGUUCUACCCCCACGAUUGAAUCCAGACACCUUUCUGAAAGGCCUCCAUACCACCCUCCCCAGAAGACCUUUAUACCAUCAUUAGUGGUUAAGAAGUCACGAGCAAAAAAUCUUUCUGUAUGCUGAGACCUCUUGGUGCAUCUUGUGACCCUGAAUGGAGGGGAUUUGUUAUGAAGUCUUCCUCACCCUUUGCCCUGUUACUGCUUCUCCACACUGCCAGGAAAAGCUAUUGAUGCUCACCCCUCUCCAAGUCGAGGACAGAAUCUUUCUCCUCUCAGCAGCCUGGCUGAGGAGCCCUGGUUCCUGAGAGGCCCCAAGGUGUGGCAGCUCCGGGGCUUCUUCUCCUUGC